AUGUAUUUAUCAAAACUCAUUAUUAUAUUCACAGUGUUACGAGUAACUGAACAAGUUGGUGAGAAAGCAACAAAAGCCUGCCGAAACUAUGCUCAAACAAUGUUAGAAUGCAGAAAUAUUUUACACCCUGAAGCAAGAGUCAGAGUUCCGGUAGAUUAUCUACUAUACCCUCAUAUGGUUCUUAUUGGAUUCAGACAUGAUGCUACGGAUGUACCCGCUUGGAAAUGCGGUGGAUCACUGAUAAGUGACAACUGGGUGUUAACUGCAGCUCACUGUAUAAGCGACCCCGCCGAUGGACCUGCUAGUGUAUUAAGAAUAGGAACAGCCACGUUCGAAUUUGACGAAGUCGAUGAUUUAGCUCAAGAAAGGGAUGUGGCUGAAAUCAUUACUCAUCCAAAGUUUAAACCACCAUCGAAAUACAAUGAUUUAGCGUUGAUGCGAGCUGAACCGAAAUUUAUGCUGUCAAGAGAUAUAAGAAUAGCGUGUCUUCAAGUGGAUGAAGAAAUACGUAGUUCUAAAUUGACUGCGAUCGGAUUUGGAGUAACAUCAGUUGGUGACCAUGCUGGAAGUCAGACUUUGAUGAGGGUCGAUGUGGAAUUAGUGAACAAUACGAUUUGUAAUAGAUCUAUGAGACCUUUAAUUAGAAAGAGGAUUUUGGCUGAUGGUAUAAUUGAUGACCAAUUGUGUGCUGGUGAUUAUGAGCAUGGCGGUAAGGAUACGUGCCAGGGUGAUUCUGGUGGUCCUUUGCAAGUCAUGGAUGAAAGAGUGAACUGUAUUCAUACAUUCCCUUUGCAUAAAAUAGUGGGUGUGACGUCUUUUGGGAGGGAUUGUGGUAGGAAGUGGGCACCUGGGGUGUAUACACGAGUCUCGAGGUAUGUAGGUUGGAUAGAGAGCAUAGUUUGGCCCUGA